AUGGCCGAACUUGCCGAGGACAAGUCCCUGGGGCUCACUUACGCGUCUCACCAAUACGGGACAUACAGCCGCCAGAAACUAGGUGUAUGGCGCUUUGCUGAUCGUCCAGACCAGAAAUCUGGCUACUGGGUAGUGUUUAUUCACGGAGGCGGUUGGAGAGAUCCUCGCCACGAUGAGCGCGAUUUCAAUGAGACUGUCAAACGCAUUGUGAUCUCUGGAGCUGUUGCAACUUUGGAUAUCGCCGGUUUCAUUAGUAUCGACUACCGCCUAUCGCCCCAUCCAGACUUCCCCGAGGAAAAUGCCAAUGCAAAGCACCCGGAUCACUUAGAAGAUGUCUGGUCGGCUUUGAACUAUCUACAGGGCAAGUAUGAACUAUCUGAUAACUACAUCCUGAUAGGCCACUCGGUUGGCGCAACCCUUGCGUUCCAAGUUCUGAUGGGUGAUGAUGUCUUGGCCUCUCACCCCGAGGCACCUCUACCCACUGCCAUCAUCGGAGUUUCAGGUAUCUACGAUAUUGGUGGUCUCAACGACCGUUUCAACGGACAGUACGCUGGGUUUAUCCAAGGAGCACUCGGCGAAGACAAGUCUGUUUGGGAAAAGGCCUCACCAGCCAAGUUUGCUUCAAGCUUUAAAGACAAGUGGGCAAAUGGGAAAUUCGUCAUGCUUGCCUGGUCGUCCGAAGAUACUCUGAUUGAUGAACCGGAGAUUGACAACAUGACGACACUUUUAACCAAACAAGGUCUUAAAUUGGAGGUCAACAAGGACCUUAGAGGCGAACAUGACUUUUUGUGGCAGGACGGUAGCCAAAUCGCCCGAAUGGUUAUCACAACUCUUCACCAUUUGCUCAGGUCGUAA